UCCUCUGAGCCCACCAGAAGGCGCCGCGGCGCUCUCAUUCCCCGCGCGGAGCCUCUGCCGCAACAAUCCAGGGAACCGAGCAGCGCUGCGCCGCGGUGUGAAAGCCAGGCGGCGGCCUGAGCCCUCAGGCCCUGCAAGAAACAACCAGAACCACCCGCGCGCCGCGAUCUACAAAGCCCCGAGUGUCGAAGGCAGGAGGGGUCGGGCGCUCUCCGGAGGCAGGAGGAUCCCUCACACUCUCAGGCACGCCCAGCUCCCGCAUCAGGCCGUCCCCAGCUCCAUGAGGACCCCCAGGCCGGGGCUGAGAGCCCGGAGCAGCUGGCACCGAAAUCUCGCGGCGGCCUUAGAGCGUUAGACAGGAUGCGGCUGGGCCGCCGGGCCCUCUGCGCGCUGGUCCUGCUGCUCGCCUGCGCCUCGCUAGGUCUCCUGUACGCGAGCACCCGAGAGGCGCCAGGCCUCCGCACCCCUCUUGCUCUGUGGGCGCCCCCGCAGGGCCCCCCCAGGCCCGAGCUGCCAGACCUUGUCCCUGAGCCCCGCUACGCACACAUCCCAGUAAGGAUCAAGGAACAAGUGGUGGGGUUGUUGGCUCAGAACAACUGCAGUUGUGAGUCCAGUGGAGGGAGUUUCCCCCUUCCCUUCCAGAGACAGGUCAGAGCCAUUGAUCUCACCAAGGCCUUUGACCCUGAGGAACUGAGGACUGCCUCUGCUGAGAGGGAAAAAGAGUUCCAGGCCUUCCUUUCAAGAAGCCAGUCCCCAGCUGACCAGCUGCUCAUAGCCCCUGCCAACUCCCCUCUACAGUAUCCUCUGCAGGGCGUGGAGGUUCAGCCCCUCAGGAGCAUCUUGGUGCCAGGGUUGAGCCUGCAGGCAGCUUCUGGUCAGGAGGUAUACCAGGUGAACCUGACUGCUUCCCUGGGCACCUGGGAUGUGGCAGGGCAAGUGACUGGAGUGACUCUCACUGGAGAGGGGCAGCCAGAUCUCACCCUUGCCAGCCCAGGGCUAGACCACCUCAACCGGCAGCUACAACUGGUCACUUACAGUAGCCGAAGCUACCAGACCAACACAGCAGACACAGUCCGGUUCUCCACCAAAGGACAUGAGGCUGCCUUCACCAUCCGCAUAAGACAUCCCCCCAAUCCCCGGCUGUACCCGCCCGGGUCUCUACCUCAGGGAGCCCAGUACAACAUCAGCGCUCUGGUCACCAUUGCCACCAAGACCUUCCUUCGUUAUGAUAGGCUGCGAGCACUCAUCGCUAGCAUCCGCCGCUUCUACCCCACCGUCACCGUGGUCAUUGCUGACGACAGCGACAAACCAGAGCGCGUUAGCGGUCCCCACGUGGAGCACUAUCUUAUGCCCUUUGGCAAGGGCUGGUUCGCAGGCCGGAACCUGGCCGUGUCCCAAGUAACCACCAAAUAUGUGCUGUGGGUGGACGACGACUUUGUCUUCACAGCGCGCACGCGGCUGGAGAGGCUUGUGGAUGUGCUGGAACGGACGCCGCUGGACCUGGUUGGGGGCGCAGUGCGGGAGAUCUCGGGUUUUGCUACUACCUACCGGCAGCUGCUGAGCGUGGAGCAGGGCGCCCCAGGCCUCGGGAACUGCCUCCGGCAACGGCGUGGCUUCCACCACGAGCUUGUUGGCUUCCCAGGCUGCGUGGUCACCGAUGGCGUCGUUAACUUCUUUCUAGCGCGCACCGAUAAGGUGCGAGAAGUCGGCUUCGACCCGCGCCUGAGCCGCGUAGCACAUCUGGAAUUCUUCUUGGAUGGGCUUGGUUCCCUUCGGGUUGGCUCCUGCUCUGACGUCGUUGUGGAUCAUGCAUCGAAGUUGAAGCUGCCAUGGGCUUCAAGGGAUGCUGGGGCAGAGACUUAUGCCCAGUUCCGUUACCCAGGAUCACUGGAUGAAAGUCAGGUGGCCAAACAUCGCCUUCUCUUCUUCAAACACCGGCUGCAGUGCAUGACUGCGGAGUGAUGGCCACUUGGGCUUUCCCCCUGUCAGGCUGGGCCUGUCUCCUUGUCCCUGCCAGGAUUGUCCAGCCAACCCCUCCAUCCAGUGAGCACUCCGCUGAAGAUUCCUGACCACCUUGCCCUUCACCUCUCCCCUUCAGAACCUGAUCCCAAAUAGGGGUUUGUCCUGGUGACACCCCUCCUUUCUGUGAGUGCCCAGGGGCCUGAGGAGCCAUAACCUCUCCCACAGCCAGUGCCAAGUCCUCCCCCCACCCCAUUCCUAUGGGGCAGGAAAUGGGGGGUGGUAAUUUUUCCAAGUGCCAAAGAGCCCAGGAGGACUCUAAAACCCUGAAGUGGAAGCACUCUCCUCUUGCCUCCUUGAGACUGAGGGGGUGAGAAACCUCCCAAUGUGCAAUCCCAAGGCUGUGCCUCCCCACCCCCAGCUCGGGAUCCAGGACUCUGUACCAGCUCCAGCCCACCCCCACAGAGACAACUUGUGACUCUGGAGUUGGGUGGGGCUGGUGAACACAUGGUGAAAGCCAUUUUUACUUGUUUCUCUGUGAUGCUGUGGGCAAGGAAGGAGGGGC